CUGAAUGUAUAAGAGUUUUUUUGAAACUAACCAAUAAAUUCGAACAUUUAGGAAAAUGGCAUAGACAUUAAAAAUAAUACCGAAGAAUAAACCCUGGCUUUAAACUUAAAUUUUUCUUGUAAAAUUAGUGCUAAGACAUACAUUCGUGUUGAUGCUACGUAAUUGCAAUAUUAAACGAGCGAAGCUCUUAUUACUAACGUUUCUUCCAAAAUUCUAAAAUUCUGCAGGGUGUAGGCUGGUUUUAUGUUGUAAAAGCCUAGUAGAGUUGAAAGUCCUUUUUACUUAUUGCCAUAGCUCAAGAAGAAAUCAUAGGGUAUAACCACUAUCAUAUAACUGGCUUCAAAUAACGGUUAGCCUAGAGAUAAAAUAUUUAUUCAUAUAUGCAUGAAACCUGUAUUGAUCAAACAUUUAUAACCACCGUUUGUUCAGUGAUAGUAACGCAAAAUUAAAUUACAGUAAUUAUGUUUAUACAUUCAUUAAAUUCUCUUAAUUAUUCUAAUGUAUGUACUUACUUGGGUUAAGUAAUCCAUCAGCAACUCAACAACGUCUGUUUUCAAGAUGUCGUAAUAAUUUAUUAAAUUUGCUGGUAUAUAAUUUUUACUUUUAAUUUCGAGACAUUUUUUCUGUGAAACAAGAUGUGGAAGGUUCCAUGGACUUUUUCAUUUUGGUUAAUUUUAAAUGGAAUAGAGUUGAUGCUGGUCUGUGGUGGUGUUUAUCCGGAACCUUCUUCAUCAAGCACUACUCAAUUUUGCCACCCGCUGGUUUCUAAUGGAAACAUACCAGAUGUCACAGCUGCUCCGUACGCACUCACCACCGUGUCUGUUCCAGAUACAAUAUUUACCGGAUCGAGAUAUACGUUAACGAUUUUAUUGGAAACGGGAGCCUCAAAAUGUUUUUUCCACUAUUUCGCCAAAGAGCGGAAAUUACUGCUACUUCCUGAUCCGUCUGUAUUAUCACAACAUUCGACACGAAAUCUUUGGUUUCAAGUCACUGGUAAAAGCGUUUGUUCUCAAUCUACUGGGACUUCAAGGUUAAGUGUUAAAUUGUCUCGAUCAUACCAGACAAUAUGUUGGAGAAUAAAUUUCUUGGUUCAAUCUGGAACUUUCAUUUCAUGCGAGGCGGUGGAUUUGGAGAAGAUUUUGACCAAAAUAUCAAAAUACUUAGGGAAAUCUUUAUCCGACGUACUUAUUCUUGAUUAUGAAAAAGUUCCGGCCAGAAACAACCAAUUAAAAUUCACAUUAUCGCUAUCGAGUCAUGUAGUGGAUUGCACGAAAUGUGGUGAACACUAUCUACGUCAUUUUACGUCGAAGUUUGUUAGUCCCGACGGAACCAUCAAUCAAAUUUUAUCGGAUUUAUUACUUCCAAAGUAUUUAAUCAUUUAUGCUCACUCUGAGACAGACUGCAGCGGUGGAGGCCACACACCCUCCUUACCAACAACCAGCUCUUCAACUACCACCACAUUAACUCAAAGAAUACCAUCAACAACAACAACAACAACUCGAAGAAUACCAUCAACAACAACAACAACAACAACUCGAAGAAUACCAUCAACAACAACAACAACAACAACAACUCGAAGAAUACCAUCAACUACGACAACAACAACAACGCAGUGUGUGCAACCAACUGUAGUGAAUCCAAUCACGUCGAUAAACGUUCCUUUAUACACACCACACACCGUCGUGAUACCUAAUACAAUAUUUAAUAGUAACGCCUUCCAUUUCACAUUACGACCACAGCGCCCAAAAAUCACAUGUUGGUAUCAGUUACGCCACAACAAGAUCGAUUUCUUUGCCACGGAUGAUAUCUUGCGUUCUUAUGCAACAAACAGGAUUCCUCUCACGUUAACUGCAAGAAGCUCUUGCGGCUUAUCCACCAGCUUAACAUUUUACGUGAAUUUACAAAAACCGUUGUAUUCGAAUUGUCUGCUGACAAGCAUGAUUAUAAAACGUACGGAAACCGAAAAAUGCAAUUCUGAAAUUAUGAGAGAAUAUUUCACAAAAAUACAAAAUUAUUUGCCACGUGAUGUUAAAAUUUUUUUUGUCAUCAACUGGAAAGUUCUAAGCUUUGACACGUUGAAAAUAACACUCGCAUUAUCGCCUCACAUUUGCACGACAUGCAACACACAAUAUGUAGACAGAUACCAACGUCAUUUUGUGCAAACAAACGGUGACGUCAGUAAAGCGUUUGCGCAACAUAUGUCGCCGACAUUUAAUAUUUUACACAUCAAUUUUAUCUUGGCAGGGAAAUGUAAGACGGACAAUCCUUGCUAUCCUCCAGUCCUUGAAAAAUCUAUUCCCUUCAUCUAUUUACAGCCAGGAAUUAUUAAUACCUACAAUAUACCAAACUCGACAUUUUCUCAUAGUCAAACCUUUCAACUUUCUUUACGUAAAACACCAACUCAUCAAAUUUGCUGGGUCGAACUCCGACAACGUCAAACACUUUUACUGUUGCCGUCGUAUGAAGAGGCGUCGUAUAAUUUAGUUCAAAAAUAUCAGCUUGGAGUCGUUGCCACGGAAACAGUUUGUAGCAAAUCUACCGAACAGAACGUAAAUCUGAUUGUUCAGAAAAUUAAACACGCCCCAUGUUUCCAUGUGAAAUUGACAUUCGCAACAACGAGAAUAUACCCCUGUAUGGUAGAACCUGUACAAAAAUUUGUAAAAGUACUCACAAAAUAUUUGCAGGUUAAGGAGCAGGAUGUUAAAAUACUUUCUUACUCUGCUUCAACCACCCAGCAAAACUUGAUCGAUGUAUAUCUCACCUUAUCGAAUAAUGUAAUGCCAUGUUCCAUUGCGACACUGUCAAGACUUCAAGCGUACAUGAACAUACUUGUAAAUAGCCGUGGUGUGAUUAACGCUGACCUACUUAAAUUUAUUGGGAAAGAAUAUACAAUUCAAAGUGCAAACUACUCUCUUCUUCCAUCUCACAAAGUUCGUGUUUUGUUCCGGAAUUCCAGUGAUUCGUUUAUUCCACUUUGGUUGUACAUGCUACCCAUGUUAAUCAUCCUUGCAGUCAUCAUAUUGAUACUGUUACUGUGUUGUUGUUGUCGUUCAUUGCAUCGAUGCUGUACUGGUUGCUGUUUUAAUGUUUGCGCGAAAUCUUCUUAUAACGUCACCAGCUACCAAUCACAUAAUAAUUAUGACUUUAAAGGUGGUUCUACUCAAAAAACAUCAAGACAUAUUCACUCAAACAAUGAGCAAUCGAGUCAUGUCGAGUCUCAUCUUUGCGCCACGGAUGACCUUUAUAAAGCUGGGACAUCAACUUCUGUAAACGUUUUAGCCAUGGACCAUGUGAAUGGAUCAAAACAUAAGGGCAUUACCAACAAAUCUUUUGAAGGAGAUCAGCAUAUCCAUGCCGAAAAUGAUUGUGAUACAAAAGUUGUCCAUUUGGAAUCGUAUUCUGAUGCUAGAAAGUCAAAAAGAGGUCGAAGUUACUCAGAGGGAGACUUGUUAAGCCAUAGAUUGAACCUUCCGAAGAUACCUGCGGUAGGUUGUUCGACGUUACAUUCAAAACGAAACACAGCAGCACUGCCAUCUUGGGCAUCAGAUGACGUAUUUAAUUCGUACGUUGAUGGCUGCUGUAGGCAAAAACACCGAAAGACGAGCACGCUACCCGUGAUUAUAAAAACAACUAAACAAACCGUUCCUGUGAAAAUUUCCGCACGUGUUAACAAUGUAUCAAGCGAACUGGAUUUGAAUUCUUUCCGACCAUCACAUAUACACGUAGAAAGAAAGAGAACACCAGACGUCUUAUUAUUUCAAGCGACACCACGUACAAGAAUAAGCGGUGAGACAGCCACAAAGAAAUCUGGUCCGGUAGUGUUCAUGGAGAAUAAGAGAGGGUCUAGUGAUGAUGACGAUAUCGAGUUCUUUCGAAACAAGAAAAGAAGGAAGCAUACUGCAUUUCAUAGAAAAUUUUCUUCCAAGGAUGACGAUGCGUUGGCUUCGAGAAGAAAAAGAUUUAUCAGACUUUCAAAUGAAAGGUGGAUGCAAAGUGAAGUGUAAGCUGAAACUAAAAAGAACAUCUUUAGAAACAUUAUGGAAACCAUUCCAAUGCAGUGUUAUUUCUUUAGUAUUUUGUUCAUCGAAUUAUGUUAAGUACAGGAUGAGAAUAAAAAGUAAAAAGGCGAAAAUAUUUAUUAAAUAUUCGGUAAUUCAGAAUUCUUUUUAAAAGCUAUUUUCGAUGUUUUUUUACGUACGUUAUAAGUAAGUGGUUCCUGCUAAUACAAUUUUUCGUUCGCGAGUAAAUACGUGCUCACACUGUGAUUGAAGUAAUUUAUAGAUAGUAAUUAUGUAUGUUUAGGUACUUAGAUAUUUUACGUUAUUUAUAUAUAUUUUUAUAUAUGUUUUAAUAUUAUAUUUAUACACGAAUCAAUUC